GUGAGUGCCAGUGCUUCCCAUCCAGGGUUCUGUGGGACCACGACAGAUUGGGCAUGCUCAGCUCUACGACCACCAUCGAUUCAAGGAAGGAGAGGAGGCUUUAUGUGCAGCUCUGAGCCUAGUGUCUGCUUAACAGUGCUACAGAUCGGUGCAAUGAUGUCGUCAUGAUGCUCUGUGUCAGGACUGGGUACUGGGCAGAAGACCUCUCUCUUCCUGGCUACCGGGCAGAAGACCUCUCUCUCCCUGGCUACCGGGCAGAAGACCUCUCUCUCCCUGGGUACCGGGCAGAAGACCUCUCUCUCCCUGGGUACCGGGCAGAAGACCUCUCUCUUCCUGGGUACCGGGCAGAAGACCUCUCUCUUCCUGGGUACCGGGCAGAAGACCUCUCUCUUCCUGGGUACCGGGCAGAAGACCUCUCUCUUCCUGGGUACCGGGCAGAAGACCUCUCUCUUCCUGGGUACCGGGCAGAAGACCUCUCUCUUCCUGGGUACCGGGCAGAAGACCUCUCUCUCCCUGGCUACCGGGCAGAAGACCUCUCUCUCCCUGGGUACCGGGCAGAAGACCUCUCUCUCCCUGGGUACCGGGCAGAAGACCUCUCUCUUCCUGGGUACCGGGCAGAAGACCUCUCUCUUCCUGGGUACCGGGCAGAAGACCUCUCUCUUCCUGGGUACCGGGCAGAAGACCUCUCUCUUCCUGGGUACCGGGCAGAAGACCUCUCUCUUCCUGGGUACCGGGCAGAAGACCUCUCUCUUCCUGGGUACCGGGCAGAAGACCUCUCUCUUCCUGGGUACCGGGCAGAAGACCUCUCUCUUCCUGGGUACCGGGCAGAAGACCUCUCUCUUCCUGGGUACCGGGCAGAAGACCUCUCUCUUCCUGGGUACCGGGCAGAAGACCUCUCUCUUCCUGGGUACCGGGCAGAAGACCUCUCUCUUCCUGGGUACCGGGCAGAAGACCUCUCUCUUCCUGGGUACCGGGCAGAAGACCUCUCUCUUCCUGGGUACCGGGCAGAAGACCUCUCUCUUCCUGGGUACCGGGCAGAAGACCUCUCUCUUCCUGGGUACCGGGCAGAAGACCUCUCUCUUCCUGGGUACCGGGCAGAAGACCUCUCUCUUCCUGGGUACCGGGCAGAAGACCUCUCUCUUCCUGGGUACCGGGCAGAAGACCUCUCUCUUCCUGGGUACCGGGCAGAAGACCUCUCUCUUCCUGGGUACCGGGCAGAAGACCUCUCUCUUCCUCCUCAAAUCGCUGAUGAGUGUCAGAGGCAAAAUCUAUAGCACUGUGCUGUGGAGCUGCUGGGAGUAGUAGU